GAGAGCUCAGUCCAUGCUUAUUUUCCCACGUUAAAACUUCCUCGCGUGGUAUAUUUACAUACAUGUACACACUCCAUCAGCGAGUUUAAAUGUUGAUUUGCGGAAGCCCAAGUGCUCCUUCCAAGCACACAUUUCUCUCAAACUGGCCGACAAGUUGAGACCACAAUUGGUCUGUCAUCAUGACUCGGAUAUUAUGGGAUGUGAUUUUCCUCAUUAGCGGUACACUGUUUACAUUAGGAGCAGGGCAGAGCACCUCAACAACCCUCGAAGGCAACAUUGCCUUCGACGCCACCGCUACUCUCAAUACCUCGGGAAGGCGCUACGCAGCUGCCUCGACGACUGGAAGUUCCAACCUUUUAUUUGGAACAGAAGCGAGUCGUUCAGACACCACCGUCUCCAUUCCUACCAAGCCUACGUUGGUUGCGUACGCCUCAACCAGCAGCUCUGGAGUGCCCGGUAGCCUGAUUACAACAGUCUCUUCUACAACAGUGACUACAACCACAACCAGUUCUAAUAUCCAUCCAAUGAAAAAGUUUGUGGCGGCGGCUGUUCGCUCUCAUUUCGAUGACUGUCCCGACUCCCACCGCCACUUCUGUUUCCAUGGAACAUGUCGCUUCCUGAUAUUGGAGGAGACACCUGCAUGCAUAUGUCAUAGUGGCUUUGUUGGGAUGAGGUGCGAGCAUGCAGACCUGCUGGCUGUUGUGGCCACCAACCACCAUCAGCAGACUGUCGCUACUGUGCUGGUGUUGUGUGUGAUUGGCUGCGUCCUCAUCAUAGUGGUGUGCACACUUUUAAAUUGCUGGUGGCGGCAGGAAUGCAGAAAGAGGAGACGUGCUCAUCAUUUCAUCCCAGAAAAGUCUGUUUACACGCAGAAGCACAGAGCACCAUGCUAUCCUUCUGAAAGCGUGGUGUGAGAAGACAGCAAUGUGGAUCCUCAUCCCGGUGCUUCCUUCAACUGUCAGGUCUUAAAGACUGCCUCCAAAGUGGUACAAGCGAAGAAGCUGCAUCUUCAGUGGGACUGAGGCAGGACUCAAAUGAAAUAAGGUAGGACGUUCCUUCGCAUCGCUUUCCGUUAACUUUGGACGGCAAUAUGGGAAUUCCCUCCAUCCUUCGCGUGGAAAUAAACACUCAACUGUUUGGAGUUGUGAGGACGAAGCGGCUACCGAACCCUAAUUACCAUUUCGUCACGAGAAGACUUCUAUGAGGACACCAAUCAUCCUGUGUGGAUUUGGGGAAAAAAACAAAACAAAAACAAAAAACCGAGGACCAUCCAAAUGCAUCAACGUAAAACCCCCCAAUUCCUAUUUAUGUCUUUUAUUAUAUUUACGCACUUUUCAGAACUUCAAGCACAUAUGAUGCUGACGCUUUAAACUACAUUUUUUUUAGUUUUUUUUUUUUUUUUUUAAUAAAGAGGGAACACAUUUCACUUGACAGAACUGGGAAUUGAUGGGCAGAAUGGAUGAAGAUCCUUGUAUAUUUAUCAAACAUAGAAUGCAUUUCUUCUGAUCUGAUUAACUCCCAUGAAGGUAAAAUUGUGUCUGUUUUAUUUGUGGUUCGUGAGCUGAACUGGAAUGUGUUCUUUCAUCACAAGUCUUACAUUGAAAAGCUAGAGAAGAAGAAAAAAACACACCACUCACACUCACAUUGGGUGGUAAUCAUUCUAUUGUAACUUUGAAUGAUAAUGGCACUUUUCUGCACGAUAGCUCCUACUUCCUAUCUGCACUUUGAAAUCACAGAUUUUAUUGUCCUGGUGCACUUAUUGAAUUGAAUUCUCUAUUUGAGUGGUGUGUUUUAGCCUUGUCUCUAUUUUGAAUUGGAAUACUUUUAAAGAGAGCAACAAAAUAAAAACUAACCUCCAAAGUCAGGCAAAAGGAUUACAAAAUCAUGAAUGUUUAACUGACACCAAUAAUGAAAAAAACAUUUUAGGUGUGCCAGCUUCCACCGUGAAAUUAACGUUUUGGUAUACAGAUGCCAAAAGAGAGUGAGGGGAUGAUACGUUUGUUUCUGUUUACAGUCUGAUGUUUGCUGAUUCUGCGUUUGUGUGUGUCUCAUUUUGCGUGCAGCAUUUAUGUGUGAAAAUAUACGUGUAUUUACAGUACACACACACAAUGUUGUAGAUUUAUAUGCAUUUACAAUAUAAAAGAGGGUCCAACUGAUGUUUAACACAUGGUUUGUCACAUUUAUGGUGUCUCAUUUGGUUUGUUACCUGCAUUUGUUUAGAAAUGAAGAAUUAAAGUU